AUGUCUGUCACUGUUUCUAAAACGUCUAAAAAUGCUCCAUUACUUCUUCACAAUGGUUUUUCAUAUAUUGUCGAUCGAAAGAAUGAAGAAAAGAUUUAUUGGAAAUGUGAAUUUCAAAAAAAAUGUUCAUGUCAUGCACGUCUUCAUACAGAUUUAUAUAAUGUUAUCAUUAAAGUAGUUGGUGGACACGAAAAUCAUUCUGGCAAUCCACGUUCAGAACCAGUAAGAGGUAAACUGAUAAAGGAAGAAAAUAAUUUACAUUCAGAUAUAGUGAAUGCAAAAUCUGGCAGUGAACCAACGAUCCAGAAACAAUAUGAAUCACUAAAUAAGCGUUUACAUAGUUUGGUGAAGAACCCUCAUCCAACACUUUAUGAUCAGUUACAAGCUACCGGACGUUUACUGUCGUUAUAA